AUGCUUGACCUCGGCAUCAACGCGGCCAUCGUGCUCGGCGCCAUCACCUUCGCGCUCACCAAGGUCCUCACCGUCGAUCAGGACUACUGGCAUGGGUGGACUAUCUUCGAGAUCCUGCGGUACAUGCCACAGCACAACUGGUCGGCGUACGAGGAGGCCCUCAAGGCCAAUCCGCUUCUUGUUAAGAUGAUGAUCAGUGGCAUCGUCUAUUCCCUCGGCGACUGGAUAGCCCAGUGUUACGAAGGGAAGCCCAUCUUCGAGUUUGACCGUGCUCGCAUGUUCCGGUCUGGCCUCAUAGGGUUCACCCUUCAGGGAUCCCUUUCCCACUACUACUACAAUUUCUGCGAGGUAACGGACAACAUGAGUGCAUCGACUUUCUUGCAUCAGUCGGUGUUUCCGUACAAGGAUUGGUGGGCUGUACCUGUCAAGGCUGCAUUUGAUCAGACAGCUUGGUCGGGGCUGUGGAACACCAUCUACUUCGUCGCCUUGGGAUUCCUUCGGUGGGAAUCUCCGUCCACCAUAUUCAGAGAGCUCAAGUCCACCUUCUUCCCCAUGCUUACUGCUGGAUGGAAGCUGUGGCCAUAUGCACACAUAAUUACAUAUGGUGUGGUUCCUAUCGAACAUAGACUUCUCUGGGUCGACUGUGUCGAGUUAAUCUGGGUCACCAUCUUGUCAACUUACUCGAACGAGAAAUCUGAAGCAAGGAUCUUAGACGAUUCCUCCACAACAGAUACGCAGGACAACUCCAGAUAG